AUAAAUGUGGUUCCUGGCUAAGGAACUGUUGUGGAUGCGCCUAUGGUCUGCGAAAUUCUGCACAGUCUGCGCGUUUAAACAGAGAAAUGUCCCAGUCCCCGGACACCCGCAGCCUGCUCUCAGCCUCCUCCCAGCUCAACCUGAUGGAAGUGGACUCGAUCGACGAUAAGGAGUUUGACAUUCCCCAAGUGGAUACCCCUCCCACACUGGAGAGCAUCCUUAGUGAGUUGGAGGAUGAGGAGGAACCAUUUGUGUUGGAAGACACCUGUGUGCUAAACACAGACAACAUGGAUGCCCACUCCUGUGACACCUCCUCUCUGGCCAGCUCUGACAGUGGAGACCCAGCACACCUCAAACGAAAGAGGAGGACAGUGGAUCUGAAUGCAACCGUUCAUGGGUCUGUCCUUCGACACAGCCUGCUCAAGGGCAUCUCUGCACAAAUCGUGUCUGCUGCUGACAAAGUCGACGCUGGACUGCCAACGGCUAUAACGGUGUCAGGUGUGAUUGCUGUGGGAACAUCUCAUGGUCUGGCUCUGGUCUUUGACACCAACCAGGCUCUGCGGCUCUGUCUGGGUACCAAGACAACUGGAGCAGAGUUUGGAGCUGUCUCUGCCCUUAGCAUCAACCAUGAUUGCUCACGACUUCUCUGCGGGUUUGCCAAAGGACAGAUUACGAUGUGGGACCUAGCCAAUGGGAAGCUUCUGAGAACUAUCACUGAUGCCCACCCUCCAGGGACCGCUAUACUGCAUGUGAAGUUCACAGAUGAUCCAACUCUUGCAGUGUGCAAUGACAGUGGAGGAUCUGUUUUCGAGCUGGCUUUCAGGAGAGUGAUGGGGAUGCGGUCAUGUGAUUCUCGAUGUCUCUUUAGUGGUUCUAAAGGGGAGGUCUGUUGUAUUGAACCUUUGCAUGCUCCUCCAGACUUCAGAGACCAUCCCAUCACACACUACUCUCUGCUGGCUAUGGCAUCUCUCACUAAGAUUUUGGUCAUCGGACUGAAGCCCACCCUUAAAGUGUGGAUGACUUUUCCCUACAGCAAGUCUGAUCCAUCCAGUGUACCUCAGCUGGCCUGGCAGUUUGUUCCUGUUCAGAAGAUGGUCAAUCCAAUCCUGGCUUUUUGCAAAGGAGAUACAGUCCACUUCCUCUUGGUAAAGAAGGAGGAAACAGGGACCAUCCAUGUCAUCAAACAAAGACAACUCCACCUCAGCUGUGACAUCAUUAGCCUAAGCUGGAUUAACAGUCGUACACUGGUCCUGGUGGACAGCCAUGAAAAGCUGCAGGUUGUGGACCGGCCCAGUCAGGAGGUUUUGGAGACUCUGGACUUGGAGCAGGUGCAACUAGUCUAUAACAGCCGACAUUUCAAAUCGCUGGCCACCGGAGGGAAUGUCUCCCAGGCUCUGGCUUUAGUUGGAGAAAAGGCCUGUUACCAGUCUGUCUCGAGCUACGCAGGACAGAUCGUCUAUUUGGGCACAAAGUCUGCUCACAUCAUGACUCUAAGGAACUGGAGAGAGCGUAUUGACUGCUGGCUGAAGCAGGAGCAUUUUGUUGAGGCUCUUUCUUUGGCCUGGUCCUUCCACGAAGGAACUGCUAAAGCUGUCGUUGGCCUGUUUGGCGAUCCACUGAAAAGGAAAGGAGUGGUCAGUGAUAAGAUGGUAGAGAUCCUUUUCCAGUUCACAGAGUAUGCUUUGAAGAAGUGUCCAGAACAAGGCAAGAUCCAAGUCAUGGAGCAACAUUUCCAGGAUGUUGUUCCUGUCCUGGUGGAAUACUGCUUGCUGCUACAGAGGGCUGACUUACUGUUCAACCAGUUGUAUGCUCAGCUGGUGGAGAACAUGGUUGCUAAAGGUGUCUUCCUGGAGUCACUGGAGUCGUACAUUGUUGCUGACCGCCUUGGUCACCUCACCCCACCCAUUAUGAGGGACCUCCUGGCUCAUUACCAUGACAAUGGCAUGAUGGACAGCCUGGAGAGGUGCAUUGUGCAUCUAGAUGUCACCAGCCUGGACAUACAACAGGUGGUUCAAGUGUGUUGGGAGAACCAGCUCUAUGAUGCAAUGAUCUACGUUUUCAACAGCGGUAUGAAUGACUACAUUACUCCAAUGGAGAAACUGUUUGCAGUCAUUGUCCCAACACUGAAGGAAGGGAGGAGCUUAACUGAUGAAGAUGUUGUGAUGGGAAAUAAACUGCUGGUGUACAUAAGCUGCUGUCUUGCAGGAAGGGCAUAUCCAAUAGGAGACAUCCCUGAAGACCUUGUAGUUCAAGUCAAGAACCAGGUGUUUGAAUUCCUGAUCCGUCUCCAUUCAGCUGACUCCUCCUCAGAGGAGGAAGUUUUCCCAUUUAUUCAUACACUCCUCCACUUUGAUACCCGGGAAUUUCUCAAUGUCCUUGCCAUGACAUUUGAAGACUUUAAGAAUGACAAGCAGGCCCUUGAGUACCAGCAGAGGAUAGUGGACAUCUUACUUAAGGUUAUGGUGGACAACCCAGACUUUACUCCUUCCCAGGUCGGUGGACUCUUCACCUUUCUGGCUCGCCAGUUGGCCAAACCAGACAACACACUUUUUGUGAACAGGAAGCUCUUUGAUCAGGUUCUGGAGUUCUUGUGUUGCCCAGAUGAUGACUCCCGGCAUACUGAAAGGCAGCAGGUUCUGCUGGAGCUGCUGCAAGUCGGGGGUGUGGUCCAGUUUAAUGAAGAAAGGCUGCUCACUUUGGCAGAGAAGGCCAAGUUCUACCAAAUCUGUGAAUUUCUUUAUGAGAAGAAACAUCUGUAUGACAAGAUAAUUGAUUGCUACCUACAAGACCCCCUCAGAAAGUGGGAGAUCUUUAGCUAUAUCCACAAUCUGCUGUCCAUGCCCGGCUACAGCCCUGAGGAGAAACAAACAGUCAAGAACAAAGCACGGCAACAUAUGCAGGAGCUAAUAACCCUUGACCCCAGCAAAUCAGCAGACCUUGUGCUGUUUCAUUUUGUGGAUGAGGUGCAGCAAAUCAUCUCUGAGCUACAGGAUGACCAGAUACUUUUCAAAUUCCUCAGCUGCCUCUUGGAACCAAGGGAAGGCCCUCAUUCAGAGUCCCUCCUACCUCUGGAACGCGACCUCAAUGAGCUGCUGUUGGACUUACUGUGCCGUUUUGCUCCUCACCAGCUUCUGAGCUUCCUCCACACCUCCCAGCACUACAGGCUGGAAGAAGCCAUACAAAUAACAGAGAAGUACCACUGCAAUGAUGCUAGAGCCUAUCUACUGCAAAAGAAAGGAGAUGUUCAAGGAGCGUUUGCUGUCUUGUUAGAGACACUGAACCAAAAACUAUGUCUCCUCACUGCUGAGAGUGACGGAGGAGUUGAAGGAGAAAAUAGAGGUCAGAAUAAGGACGAGGAAGACAGUGAAUCAACGCUAACAAGAGUAAAGGAUUCACUGAACGACAUUAUUGUCUUCUGUCAUCAAAGUUGCCAGAACCUGGACCAGCAACAAAGAGAGGUUCUGUGGUUUCCACUUCUGGAUGCCAUGAUGGCUUCUCAGAAACAAGUGAAAGGCCACAAUGCCAAACACACCUGUGACGUGCUAAAGGAGCUGACGAUGGAGGUUCUCACCUGUAUGAGCAGCUUUAUUUCUUUGCCUGCCAUAAUUCAGCAAAUAUUGCAGGACCCUGUCUAUGGCAGAGGGAAGUUGGCAGAGAUUCAGGGCCUCAUUCUGGGGAUGCUGGACACUUUUAACUAUGAACAGACAUUACUUGAAACAACCACCAGUCUGUUGAACCACGACCUCCACUGGUCCCUGGCUCACCUACGUGCUGCUGUCACAAGGGGACUCCACCCACGUCAAGACUACUGUAACAUCUGCCUCCAGCACUACAAAAGGAGGCAAGAUUCAGCAGAGGAGAUCAUUGUGUUCAGCUGUGGCCACCUGUACCACUUUCAGUGCCUGCAGCAGAAGAACUGUGGGUGGGGAUCUGCUGCAGAGGUCCAGCAGCGGUGGAGGUGCUACAAGUGUUCCUCUAGCCAUGGAGGAAGGAGUGGAAUUUCCACUGAACCAAAGAGAAGUCGAAGCGCAUCUCUUGCACAGACGCAUGUUACAUCAGUGCAUCAUGACGGAGGAGCAGUGGCUAACAGGAAGAAGGUGUUUGUUGAGGCAACGUUGGACCUUCAGCAGGAGCAGUCCUGGGAUCAGAUACGUUCUUUAUACCAAGGACCAUCCAGGUUGUCUAUCCUUUCAGAACUCUCCCAUGGCCACAGCUAUGAGAAAACAGGCUCUCUAAGCACAGCCCUAUCAGGAACAGAGAGUUUCCAGCUUAAACUCUCUCCUCCCCCUCUUUUUGAAGAAUAGCACCAGGACCCACUGAGGAAAAAAAUCAAUUUCAUUUCUCCUGAUGUCCAUGAAUGGGUGGUUAACGGCAGAAUCUACUUCAGUGGAAAUUGUAGUUGUCCACUGAUUUUUUUUUAUUGUGUAUGAUCUGAUGUUGUAUUACUUUUUCAAUUUUUUUAUUUUAAAGAGCUGUUUAAUAUAGAUAAUAUUGAGUCUUUGAUCAUUCUAAUCAGUGUACUUUUAAUUUCAUCAGUUGUUGAUGUACUACAGCUCGCUGAACCAUGGUAACAUAACUAAGAAUCAUCUAACAUAACUGCAAAGAAUGUUAAAGCAUUAUUUUAUAGAGGCAAAUGACUGAUUGUUUGUUUUCAAGGAAGAACAAGAUGUAAGAUAUCUUUACCUCCUGUUUCCACACAUUGUAUGAACUGCUGAUCAUAACUUCUUUAAUCGAUAAUUGUGAUGAUUUUCUGGAUUUUUUUUUAUCAACAAAUUCCAUGAAAAGACUAAGACCAGUAAUGUAUUGAUCCAGUUGUUUUAUUUACUUCUCCAAAUCCUGGUUCAGCUUAUUCAUUGAUGUCAUAGAGCUCCAUUGCUGUCGUAAAACUAACUCUUAAAUGCAUACCUCAAGUCUUAAUCAACAUGACUUUCCUAAUAAUUCAAAAUUUUUGAAAAAUCAACCUCCUCUUUUACAAUUUUCGGCUACACAUUCAUCAAUAAUAGGUAAUAAACUAUCCAAAGCUUGAUUGGUUCACAUUAUACAUCAAUGGUACCAUUUUUAUGACGUUUUAUUUGUUGUUUGAUAAUACUACUCUAAUAACAGUAACAGCGUUGCUAAUCCAUGCUAAUGUUAGCGUUUUCUAAGGAGUAGAAGCUAAAUAUUUAGCUAGCUGUUACUGCUGACAAAGAGGACAAACUUACUGAUGGAAAAAUGUAAAGCAGAAAGUAAAUGAUUUGUCUUAUCCUGAUAAUAUGUAUAACAGGGUUGCAUGAGGUAGAGUGAGACAUUCAAUCAAGGCUGACAAUAUUAUGAAAAUAUGAAAAAUAGAAAAGAGGAAAUGGCUUUGUUCUACCCAUUCUUUUGGAAAACUGUUUGAUGUUAAUUCCAACCUAUCAUGUGAUUCACUGUUUUCUUCUUCUAGCAGCUAAAAAGGUUAUGCUAACAGGGUUGUUGUGGGACACACGUGCCAUGCAUAAUAAUUGUUACUUAAAAUAUUAUCUUGAUUAAAAAAAUGUUCCCACAAAUACAACAGACAUCAAUGAAAAAAAUAAUACCAGAAAAAAAGUAAAUUUAAAUGUUAUUUCAACUGUUAUAGUUGCAAUUUAAUUUGGCCAUCAGGUGGGUGGGACAUGAGAAAAAUGGUAUUUUAGGGGAACUCCAGACUUAUUUGGUAUUUUAAAAAAUGUUUUCAAACAUUCUUGUCUCCUAGUUUUUUUUUAAGAUUUGGUCUCAGGAAAAGUAAAUUUACACAAUAACUGCAUGUUUUAGUAUUUUGUACAUGGAUUAUUUGAAAUUUCAUGGGUGGGUCUUAACAUGUCCUCCAAUUCUGGAAUUGACCCUUAUGCCUUAAAAUGCCUAAGAUGUGACUCUACACAGUUGCGUCCUCCAGAUUAUGUAAAUCAAUGAAACACUGCCGCCAUCUCCACCCACCCUUACACUGCUUGCAGCAACUCAAGCACAGUAGAUCACCUACUUGUUCACUCUAGUAAUUUAACCAUACAUGUUUGAAUUCUGAAGAAAAAGAAUAUACAAAACCCCACCCCACAAGAUGAAUAGUUCUUAGGUUUGCUAUGUAUGAAACACAAUUACGACCACAUUGUUGCACUGCGUGACAUUUUUCACUUGUACUAUCUCUGGAGAGUAUUUCACAUGAGGUACUCUCAUAUGCAGAGAGAAAUCCUGUAUAUACCCCAUCAUGGAUUCCCAAUUACCCAUUUUUGAUGCACAAUCCAAAAGUAAACUGAUUUUAGUUGA